UAAUUUUUAAUCCCGGAAAUACAACAGCGCGGUUCACAAAUCGACAGAUUAAAUUUUUAGUGUUGGCUUUCGUUUAACUAAAAGGUUCCAGAAACAAAGAUGACAAAAUACAAAAUGCUCUAGUCAUCAGUUGCUGCUUUUAGAGGUAGUCGCCCUUGACUGGUAGUCUUGCUAACUGCGUCACUUUGGGGUGUUUGAGGGAAGAUGUCCUUAGCUCAGCGCGUUCUGCUCACGUGGCUCUUCACACUAGUCUUCCUCAUAAUGCUGGUCCUGAAGCUGGAUGGAAAGGUUAACUGGAACUGGUUUCUCAUAUUCCUCCCAAUGUGGAUCUUUGACAGCAUCCUCCUCCUCAUGCUGGGGGUGAAGAUGGCAGGCCGCUGUCGGGCAGGUCACGAUUUGCGACAGGGGGCUCCUGGCUUGCGCAGGAAAGUCUGGUACCUGUUGGCUCUGCUGCUUAAGCUGGGUUUCUGUCUGACACUCUGUGCCCGGCUGGAGCAGCUCACUGACCUCCGCCUGGUGUACGUCUGCAUCCCACUGUGGACCGUGCUGACAGGAGCCAUGGUGGAGCUGGGUGCUAACAUCUUCCCUCAGCACAGAGACUGAAUGUCAGUGCCCAAGUCUGGAGGAUUUAACACAAACAUUCCACAAGAGAAGCUGUACUUGAUGGUGGUGUGAAUAAGUGCACAAGUGCAGUAAAAGAUUAAAAACACAUUCAUUUGAGGAAUGUUUCACUUCCUGCUAACACAUUUUAAGUGCCAGACCAGUGUUUCUGAAUAUCUGUAGAUGCUUUGAUACACAUUAAAGGCUAAAUAUGACAGAUGAGACAGGUCUCAGAGAUGAGACAUGACUGACUUUGAGAGACCUUUUUCUUAUUUCUCAAGACAGUCAUUGAUAUCAUAUUUGUAUACUUGUCCCAGACAUUUCCAGUUCCACAGUGUCUGUCUGACUCAGGAUGCAUGAAUCAUGGAGGCAAGAAAAAUCUUGGUGUCAAGUCUGUGUCUGACAGGCCAGAGCAAAUUGACAGGCUUGAAUCUGAAACUCAGUUCAUUCCCUUGCCCCAAAUAACAUGGCUUGUUUGAUAGCCUUGACUGUCUUUGUCAUCUGGAAAUUGAUAAUGUGUGAGUCUGAUUGCAAUCUGAAGAUCCUUGGAGCCAGUGCUAGGUGGUUUAAUCACUAGAAGUAUCUGGGGUCUGUGUGCGUAUUCUCAAACGGAAUUGAAUGGUUAUGGUCUGUUACUCUAGGUUAUCUAACUGAAAUUAUGUGGAAAAUACAAGAAACACAUUUGAAAACUUUGCCAAUGCACAUAAUUGUAUCUUAUAGGACUUUUGCUAAUCUUGCUGUCAAUUAAGUGACUGCAGUGCUACGAUAGUACAUCAGGCAGAAACGAUACUAGCUUUGUGACACUGGAGACUACAAAUCAUAUAACUGCAAAGCUACCAGGAAGUACUAACUAGAGCCCCUUGCCGACUCCAUAGGCUUCAAGCAAUUAUUCUAAAGUUGACCUCAACAACAUAUUCACAUUGCACAAACUGAUAUCGGGGAGUUGUGUCUAAUUGCCAAAAUGUUGAAGGAUUCUUUUAUGAUUUUGGUACAAUAGCACUACAAGACUGCAUUUACACACACAUGGUUAUCAGACUUUUUUGUAAACUGAGAUCCAAUUUUGGUGAAACUUAAAUUUUCAGCUUCAUUUUAGAUAUUUGGACUAUUGGAACCAGUUGACUAAGAUUUUAGUGGGGUUUUUUUUGUUUGUUUGUUUGUUUUUAAUCAAAUGGUUUUAAGAGUGAAUUUUGUGAAUUAUAAAAUACUCUGUGUGACAUGUUCAAAGAUCACUUAUGAUGUUUUGAAGAAGCUUUCUUUUGGACCCUCAUUAGGCUAUCCAUGUAUGGAGUUGUCAUUUCAUCAUUUUUUGCACAACUUUUUUUUAUUCUUUUAAAGCGUAUGCACUUUCUAACUUAUUCUGCGUUAUUUGCAAUAGUUAAUGUUCCAUGAAUAAAUAUCCACGUUCAUAAACCCA